CUCCCUGCUCUCCCUCCCUCCCUCCCUCCGCGGAGCGCUGACAGCGGACCGACCGAGCGACCGACCGGGACCGUGGUUGUUGCUGCCGCCGGUCGCUCCACGUUGUGAGCCGCUGUCCGGACACGGGACUUACUUCUCUGUGACCGGGACACGAACACAACCGGGACGAGCAGCAAAGUGUCGGGAGGUUGUGGACCCGCUGAGCCUCCUCCUCCCCCGGCUCUUCCUCCGGUUCCCGGCGGGGGAACGAACGGACAGUCGGUGAAGUGAGACGGACCAAGAGGCCGACAGCCGGGAGACCUGCCGACUGCAUGAAGAGGCCGAGUGUCGCGACCCCGGUCCUCACCUAGACGACCCCCCACGCUGCCCGGACAUGAGGUCGUUCCGAUCGUUCGCGAGCGACGACCGCCACGUCAUGGCCAAGCACGCCGGCAUCUACCCGGCGCCGGAGGAGCUGGAGGCCGUGCAGAGGCUGGUGUCCACCGUGGAGGGGGCGCUGAAGAAAGUCUCCGACUGGAUGGACGGCCUCAGCAAGUCCCCGGGGAAGACCACCGCCGCAGCCGAACACGAGGCGGGGGAGGAAGACGCUGCUUCUGAGACAAAGCCGGACGCCUCGUCGUCGGUGCUGUGCGGCGUGACGCGUGUCGGCCCGGUGGCCGAGGGCCUGCUGAUCAGAGGCGACGUGGACCUAGACCUGGUGCUGAUGUGCAGAGAGAAACCCACCAAGCUGCUGCUGUACACCGUCAGCGCCAACCUGCCGCUGCAGAUCCAGACGAUGACGGAGGACAAGUACGAGGUGCGGUCGUGUGUUCCCGAGGCCGCCAUCCGGGUCUGCGGCGCCAAAAACCCCGGACUCACGCUGAAGAUCACCCUCUCCUCCUUAACCAUGAGGGAGGAGCAGCACAGCGCCGCCACCACAGACAAAGGAGAGGGCGAUCAGGACGUCGACAAGAAGGAGGAGGAGGACGACGUCCUGGACAGGUGUAAGUGCCGGGCGGCGCUGGCUUCGCUCCGACGCGCCAAAUGGUUCCAGGCCAGAGUCACAGACCUCAAGUCCUGCGUCAUCGUCUUGAGGAUCCUCAGAGACGUGUGCAACAGACUGCCGCUGUGGCAGCCUCUCAAAGGAUGGCCUCUGGAGCUCAUCUGUGAAAAGGCCAUCGCCACCUGCAACCGGCCGCUGGGUGCGGCCGAGGCCCUGCGUCGCGUCAUGGAGUGCGUCGCCUCGGGGAUCCUGCUGCCAGGAGGUCCAGGAGUUCAUGACCCCUGUGAGCGGGAACCCACAGACGUCCUGUCGGACCUCGGCGCCAAGCAGGCCGACGCCAUCACGCACAGCGCACAGCAUGCGUUACGCCUCCUCGCCUUCGGACAGCUUUACAAGGUCUUGAAUAUGGAUCCUCUCCCUGCGAGCAGACCCUCACCCAGACUGUCAGAAGGCGGAUGUCAGAAGAGGCUCCGGGACGUCGUCGGCUCAGACGACAGAGACUUCAUCAAGAGGAUGAAAGUCCUCGACUGGAGGAUGACGGAUCCCAACCACCCCAUGAACGCCCUGAUGCGUCUGAACCAGAUCCACCCGGGGCUCCAGUACCGCCUGCUGUCCCAGUCCGGCCCGGUCCACGCUCCUGUCUUCACCAUGUCGGUGGAGAUCCAGGGAACCGGCUACCGGGCGUCGGGCAACUCCAAGAGGACGGCCAAGCUCCAAGUGGCCCUCAAGGCGCUGCAGGCGCUGGGAUAUGUGCUCGGCGGCGACGGGGACGCAGACUCGCUGAGUGCCGACGAGAAGUCGGAUGGCGAAGGCAAGAACGACAGGAUGUCGAGCAGCUCCAGCUCCGCCUCCAUCACAUCCUCCACGGACACACAGGAGUCCAGAGCUCCAGGUCCGAUCCUGACGGCCGGAGGGAAAAACCCGGUGAUGGAGCUGAACGAGAAACGCCGCGGCCUCAAGUACGAGCUGAUCUCAGAGAGCGGCAGCAGCUACGACAAGCGCUUCAUCAUAGAGGUGGAGGUGGACAAGCAGGUUUUCCGGGGAACGGGUCCCAAUAAGAAAGUGGCCAAAGCGAGCGCCGCCCUCUCCGCCCUCACCAGCCUGUUCUCCGGCGCCAAGUCCACGACCGUCAAGAAGAAGCGGCCCAACCCUCCGCCUAAGCGACCCGUGACCUCGGUGCUGACCCUCCCAGCCCUCGCCGCCAGACCCCCGCGGGUCCCCGUCCUCCCCCGGGCGCCGUACAUCAGCACGCCGCCCACACACGGAUACAUCCCGCCAGGUUUCGCUGCUCCGUAUGGUUACGGGCCUGCAGGCGCCCUCCCCCCCUACGGAGGCCUGUACAUCGACAGUUCCUACUACCAGCCGCAGACCUUAGCCACGCCCAUAAUCAUCCACCUGGGCCCCCAGGAUCUCUUCUGACCCGAGGUCACGCUCUGCAACAGACUCCGCCUCCAGCGCCCGCCCUCAUUAAACUCAGCGCCGCUCAGCGGGUUUCUCCUUCCACACCGGACGGAUCAGCAAUAUUGAAAGCAAUAUGGAGGCGAGACAGAGAGAGAGAGAUCACCUGAGGGGCAACGCGCGGACGAGGCUGCAACUCGACAACAUCAAUAAAACACAAAGCAAUAUUUCUUCUUCUGCCUCCGGGAAGCUCAACGUUUUCCAAAGAACUUUUCUCUCAAGUUGCUGAAAUCAAACGGGUCAUCGACAACGUGUCCGACUGUAUGUAAAUAUUAUAUUUACUACACAGUAUAUAUAUAUAUAUAUAUAUAUGGAUGUUUGUGAGUUUUCACUAUAUAUAUAUAUAUAAACAUGUGAAUAUGUUUGAAUAUGUAAACGUAUUUAUAAUAUUAUACCUCUGAAUGUAAAUACACUAGUGAGCUUUGUCAUAUAUGAUAAUCUAUAAAUAUUAACGGUGAAAAUACGUUUUACAAAUUGUCUAACGUGUAUAAACACUAUCAGUAUGUUGAUGGAAUAUAAUCCCAGAUUAAACAUUAUUGCAUAUAUAUAUAUAUAUAUAUUACACAGAGACAAAAAAAACUAAUUUAUAAACGAUUUUAAAUCUUCAGAAGAAGUUUUGGCUUCGUUUGUUUUGAGCUCGGUUUUUACAUCCAAUCAGGGGUCAAAGGUCAAAUCUUACAGGCCACGUGAAGGUUAACGAGAAUACAAAACCUCUGUUUUGGGUCAGAAAUGUUGAAUACGAUGAGAAAAAGAUGUUUCUUUGUUUUACCGAUUCACAAGAUGAAAGUUUUGUGAAUAAAAUGUUUUUGAAACGUG